AUGGUAGAAAGUGAAGAAAUCAAUAUCUACUACGGAAAGAAGUACCCCUUCGUAUGUAGAACAAUACUGAACGUUCACAAGAGCCUCCACCAAAAGGGGAACUCUUUAAGAAAUAACAACUCGGAGGAUUACAAGGUAAAUUUUGUAAAGGACGAAAAUGUAGAAGAAAUAAAGGUAGAGUUUGUAAGUAAAACAAAAGUGCAAGAGGCAGACAAGUACAUAAAUACGACGGAUAAAAUAUUCGCAAAGAAUCUAGACCAAAUAUUGCAAACGAAGUUGUAUCACUCCAUCUGUGAGAAUAACAAAAAAGAAGACCACCAAACGGACGUCUAUGUACAAGCACAAUACGACGAGUGGAUAGAUUACUUCAGGAACAAACAAGUACAAAAAGAAAUACAAAUAAUCUGUGACUACCUAAAUAAACACCUCCAUUUGAAUACGUUCAUAUGUUCAGAUUAUUUAACCUUAUCUGAUUUGUACGUGUAUUAUCAAAUGUAUAGAUAUUUUAACGUGGCUAACUGUUACAAUGUGAAGUAUGCGAAACAGUUUAGGAAUGUGAAUAGGUGGUUCAAAUUAAUUAACUGUUUAGUGAACUACUCAGAUGCAGAAUUAACAACAAUGCUGAGGAAGGAAGUAGAAACGAACCAAGUGGAUAUUACGAAAGAUGCAAAUACUAUGCAAUUGUUAAAGCAGAAAAUUGUGUCCACUUCUUACGUUGGCAAAUUGGAGAAUGCAGAAAAGGGAAAUGUAGUUACGAGGUUUCCUCCUGAACCAUCAGGUUACCUACACGUAGGUCACGCGAAAGCGGCCUUUCUCAAUAGUUACUAUGCAAAUAUGUAUGAAGGAAAAAUGCUACUACGAUUUGAUGAUACGAAUCCAGCCUUGGAAGAUAUAAAAUAUGAGACAUCCAUUAUGGAAGAUCUAGAAAAUUUGGGAUUAAAGUAUGAAAAGAUUAGCUACUCCUCGGACUAUUUUGCAACCCUAGAGGAGUAUUGCAUUAAGUUAAUAAAAAUGGAGAAGGCGUAUGCGGAUGAUACCAAUGUAGAAGAAAUGAGGAACCAAAGAGGAGAAGGAAUCGAAUCUGUGAAUAGACAAAAUUCGGUGGAGCAAAAUCUACAACUGUUUGAAGAAAUGCGCAAAGGAACUGAAAUAGGACAGAAAAAUUGUAUCCGAGCAAAAAUAGACAUGCAGAGUAAAAACAAGUGUAUGAGAGAUCCCGUGUUAUACAGGUGCAUAGUAGAUACACCUCACCACAGACAUGGAUUCAAAUUUAAGUGCUACCCGACCUACGAUUUUGCAUGCCCAAUAAUAGAUUCUAUUGAAGGAGUAACACAUGCAUUGAGGACCAACGAAUACAGUGACAGGAUAGAGCAAUACAAUUGGUUUAUUACCACCUUUCAGUUAAGAAAAGUUUACAUUUACGAAUUUAGUAGAAUUUCCUUUGUCAAAACGGUUAUGUCUAAGAGGAAGUUAAAAUGGUUUGUUGAAAAUAAGCUUGUGGAUGGGUGGCUAGAUCCACGUAUGCCCACUAUCAAGGGUAUCCUCAGAAGAGGAUUAACAAAAGAAGCCUUGUUCCAAUUCAUCCUAGAACAAGGACCCUCCAAAUCGGGAAAUCUCAUGCAAUGGGAUAAACUGUGGUCCAUCAAUAAACAAAUAAUCGAUCCAAUCAUCCCCAGAUUCGCAGCAGUAGAUAAAAAAAAAGGAGUCAUUCUUAAAUUAACCGAUUUGACGGAAGAUAUUGUCGAAAAAACCAGAGAUCUACACAUGAAAAAUAAAUCCCUUGGCACAUGUUCGAUGUUUUAUACCAACCGUUUCUUUAUCGAAUUGGAAGAUGCACAAACGUUGGCAGAGCAGGAAGAAAUUACCCUAAUCAAACUAGGUAACGUUAUUAUCACCAGUGUUGUGAAAGGGGACAAUAAUAAUGAUAAUGAUGGAACAAGCACCCCAACCAUUAAGGAGGUGAUCGGCAAGUCCAAUUUCGAUGGAGACUUCAAAACCACAAAAAAAAAAAUUCACUGGCUGCCGUACAUACCCGAAAAAUUAAUCACCUGUACGCUAUACGAAUAUGAUCACUUAAUUACAGUGGACAAAUUUGAAAAUGACAAUAAGGAAGAUUGGACUAAAUUUAUUAACCUCAAUAGCAAGUACGAGACGAUGGUCUACUCCGAACCAGCCAUUACCUCCCUCAAAGUUUCGGAUAAAUUUCAGUUCGAAAGAAGGGGAUACUUCAUUGUCGACAAGGUCGUUAGCAACCACCUCCAUUUGAUUAAAAUCCCCGACGGGAAGUCCAAGAACAUGUCUAUCAUCAGUUCCAAGGUCAACCCUAAAAAUUUGGCCGGCACCAAAAACAAGGCCCCCGACGCCUCGGAGAAGGCUCCCAAGGGGGACCAGCCCACCGACGGGAAGAAGUAG